UUUGGAAAACAGCGUUUUGUGUCUCGACAAUCACCUUCCUUUUCUUCCUCUGUCUCUAUGGUUUUUUUUCGGUUUCGUAAAAAUCCAAAAUUUUGUGUCUUUUUAGGUUACUUUUUUUGAUGUUUUAGCUUCGUUUCUUCAUUGUUCUUCAUCCUUGUGUAAUCCAAAAUGACGAUUAGAUCCUCCAAGAGGAACCUGUCAUUUGAGAUUCUCAGCCAAAGCAGCUCCUUUGAGAAUGGUGGUGAUGAUGAUGUUACACUUCAAUCAUCAAUUCGCCGAUCUAGCUCAGAUCCGAUUACCCAAAACGAAGCUGUUGAAUCACCAAAACGAAAGAGAUCGAAGAAGAAGACGAAGAAGAAGAAGAACAAAGUCGAGACUAUUCCAGAGAAUGGAGAUUCUCAUACAACAACGAUCGUGGAAGGUUCAAGUAAUGAUUUUGGCGAGACUACAACGAUGUUUGAAAACAGAUUGAGUUACUAUGGUGGUGGUGGUAGUGGUAGUAGUGGUGGUGGCUGUGUUGUGACGCUAUUAGAUGGGCAAACUGUACAUCACAAUGGGUUCAAUUUUGGUGAGUUGAGACAGAGGAAUGUUAAUGGGAGUAUUGAUGGGAGUAACGAUGAACGAUGGAGUGAUACUAUGAGUAAGUUAUAUAUGGAGGAGACUAGUGCGGAGCUUAGCUCUUCUUCUGAGAAUUUACCGUUUCAAGAAGUGCAGCAUCAGUUUCCAAGAAGUGAGAUUAAUGGGAAUGUUGUGAGGAGGUUAGAUACUGAAGCUUCUUUGGAUUGGAAACAGCUUGUGGCGGAUGAUCCUGAUUAUCUUUCUGCUGAGACGAGGUCACCUAUGGCUUACUUUGUGGAGGAGAUUUAUGGUGGGAUCUCAUUGCGGAGUACAACGACUCCUGGGAAUGAUAUCGAACGAGAAAGGAUAUAUGAUACGAUCUUUCGCUUGCCUUGGCGAUGUGAAGUGCUUAUAGAUACUGGCUUUUUUGUCUGCGUCAACUCAUUUCUGUCAUUGUUGACAGUCAUGCCAAUACGAGUCCUGCUGAUAUUCUGGGAUGCUUUUAAGAAAAGGCAGUUCAGGAGGCCCUCGUCAUCGGAGCUGUCUGAUUUUGCUUGUUUUCUAGUUUUGGCUUCUGGUACCAUUCUUCUCGGGAGAACAGAUAUCAGCCUUAUUUACCACAUGAUUCGUGGUCAAAGUACUAUAAAACUAUAUGUGGUUUAUAAUAUCUUAGAGAUAUUUGAUAGACUUUGUCAAAGUUUCUGUGGAGAUGUAUUUGGGGCCCUAUUUAGUUCUGCAAAGGGAGUGGCGAUUUCCACUCCUGAGAAACUGAGAUUUUCGACUUGGAGAUUUGUUUCUGACCUAGCAUUAACUAUGGCUGCCUCAAUUCUCCAUUCAUUCGUUUUAUUAGCUCAGGCAAUUACGUUGUCAACGUGUAUUGUUGCUCACAACAAUGCCUUGUUGGCUCUCCUGGUGUCAAAUAACUUUGCUGAGAUCAAAAGCAGUGUCUUUAAGCGUUUCAGCAAGGACAACAUUCAUGGUCUAGUAUAUGCGGAUUCAAUAGAGAGAUUCCACAUAGCAGCCUUCUUGGUGUCUGUUUUGGCUCAAAAUAUUCUUGAAUCUGAAGGUCCAUGGUUUGGAAACUUUAUCUACAAUGCUACGACGGUCUUCUUUUGUGAGAUGAUGAUAGACAUCAUCAAGCAUUCGUUUCUUGCUAAGUUCAAUGACAUCAAACCUAUAGCGUACUCGGAGUUUCUUCAAGCUCUAUGCGAGCAGACUCUAAAUAUUCGCCCGGAAGAUAGAAAGACAAAUCUCACCUUCGUUCCCCUUGCACCCGCUUGUGUGGUGAUUCGGGUACUGACUCCAGUAUACGCAGCACACUUGCCGUACAGUCCUCUCCCAUGGAGAAUGCUGUGGAUGGUCAUCUUAUUUAUCAUAACAUAUAUAAUGCUCACAAGCCUCAAAGUGCUCAUAGGCAUGGGACUAAGGAAACAUGCAACUUGGUACAUUAAUAGAUGCCGAAGAAGAAACUCAUCCCAUCUACACAAUGAUUAGUCCCGCCCUUACUUGAAAGAGAAGAAAGAAAACACAACUUGGAGUGAAGAAACAUCUCAUCAGCAGAUGAAGUUUGAACCGUCCAAUCCAAUUUACAACUUUUGUUUGGGAUCAUAUCUCAGUGAUCUCAAUCAUACAUACACAUGGUCCCUUAAUAUGAUUCAGAUGAAGCGAUUUUGUUGUGGGUGUAGGGAUACAUAUAUGUACAAAAGAAAGAGAGACCUCAUGGAUCAAUUUGAUCACAAAGACAAAAUAGCCAAAAUACACUUUUUGUACUCUUCUUCCUUUUUUGUUUUUGUUCACAAGACCAUAAAAAAUAGUCAUCACAUUUUCAAAACUUUGUUCACAUGACAAAUCUUUGAUU